CGUUUCGAUUUCCUCGCCAUGUUGAAUUACCAGCAGCAAUUGCAUUCACUGCCCGUCGGCAAUCCGGGAAACUUUUAUUACGGUCCGACGGCAACACAUUCGCUUGCGGUCUCCGGUGAGGCUUAUCCGGGACACACUCUGGAGCCGGAGGAUAAGCUGAACACCCGGGAGGGAGGUCCUUCAAGUGCUCGAGAUCUGGACAAAAUGCAUAGGUUCUCCGUGAACAAUCUCAUCGAUCUGAAGCAUGAUGGCUAUGGCAAGGGGAAACUCGCCAUGGAACUCAACAACAAUUAUGCAGGAAGUGGAGCAGGAGGAGGAGGAGGAGGAGCUGGUAUCUCAGUGGGCCACUCAAGGAAACCACGACGCAAUCGCACCACCUUCAGCUCCGCCCAAUUGACAGCACUGGAGAAGGUGUUCGAACGGACGCACUAUCCGGAUGCCUUCGUUCGCGAGGAGCUGGCCACCAAGGUGCACCUGAGCGAGGCGAGAGUACAGGUCUGGUUCCAGAACCGGCGUGCCAAAUUCCGAAGGAACGAGCGGAGCGUGGGCUCGCGGCCCCUACUGGACGCAGCUCCUCAGCUGGUGCCGGCGCCCAUUAGCAAUAAUAUGCACAAAUAUGCGAAUCUGCCCCAUCACCCGACGGCAGUGCCACCGCCGCCACCGCCACCUCCUCCUCAUGGGGCAUAUGCCCUGAAUUUUGGGCCACUGGAGCUGCGCUCUUGCCAGAACUAUACGAACUGCUAUGGGGGAUUCACAGCGAAUCCUUCCGCCGGCAACGGGCUCUGCGGUUCGGCCUUCUUUGGAGCAGCCACCAACUACUGUGUGGCGGCCAACUAUGCAAAGAACGCCGCAUAUCCGCCGCUCUGAUGGCUAUCAUCCUUUUAA